AGGAAGUGAGUUGUGAUAGGUUGGACAAAAGUUACCUGUCUUCCGUAAACGCGCGUAUCCAACGCGGAAGCAGACAGAAGGUUUUUGACCGAGAACGUACGAAACAUUGUAAGGAUGGCUACAACGAUGCCUUCCGUUGCUUCUCAGGUUCCCUUUGCACAUUUGUGUUCAACGUUAGAAAAAAUACAAAAGACAAAGACUCGGCCCGAGAAAGCAAAACAUUUGAAGGAUUUUUUGGACUCCUGGAGAAAGUUUCACAGCGCGCUUCAUAAAAAUGACCCCAACACGACAGAUUCGUUCUAUCCUGCAAUGCGCCUGAUCCUCCCCCAGCUGGAGCGAGAGAGAAUGGCAUAUGGGAUAAAGGAAAACAUGCUCGCCAAGCUGUAUAUCGACGUUUUAUGUUUGUCAAAAGAUGGUGAGGAUGCAAACAAGCUUCUCAACUACCGAGCUCCUAGCACCUCCCAGGGAGAGGCAGGGGAUUUUGCCGUUGUGGCUUAUUUUGUCCUAAAGAAGCGAUGCACAAAUCAGGGGUGUCUUUCCAUCCAGGAAGUCAAUAACUUCCUGGAUUCGGUGGCCAGCAAUAAUGCUGCUAAAAGGAAAGACUUGGUGAGGAAGAGUCUACAGGACUUGAUAACAAAAACCUCGGCUUUGGAGCAAAAAUGGCUGAUUCGCAUGAUCCUGAAAGACAUGAAACUGGGCUACAGCAAAGAAACCGUGCUGAACAUUUUUCAUCCAGACGCUGUGGAACUCCACAACGUUACCACAGAUCUGGAAAAGGUAUGCCGGCAACUUCACGACCCAAAAGUUUGCCUGUCGGACGUUUCCAUUGCUUUGUUUUGUGCCUUUAAGCCCAUGUUGGCCGCGAUCGCAGACAUCCAUCAGAUUGAAAAGCAAAUGAACAACCUGCCCUUCUAUAUUCAGACAAAAUUAGAUGGAGAGCGCAUGCAGUUGCACAAAGAUGGAGACGUGUACAAGUAUUACUCUCGCAACGGGUAUGACUAUACCCAGCAGUUUGGUGCGUCACCUUUAGAGGGAUCCUUAACUCCAUUUAUUCACAAUGUUUUCAAAAGCAAUAUUGUAAACUGCAUACUGGAUGGGGAGAUGAUGGCUUACAACCCUACCACCGAGACCUUCAUGCAGAAAGGCAGCAAGUUUGACAUUAAACGCAUGGUGGAGGAUUCUGAAUUGCAGACUUGCUUCUGUGUAUUUGAUGUGCUGCUGGUCAAUGACCAGAAACUCGGGCACGAGGUGCUUCGUAAAAGACACGAGAUUCUCGAUAGUGUCUUUGCUCCCGUGCAGGGCAGGAUUCACAUUGUCCCCAAAAUGGAGGCAAGGACGAAACAGGAAGUGGUGAAUUUUCUGAAUGAAGCAAUUGACAACAGGGAGGAAGGAAUCAUGGUAAAGGAUCCCAUGUCUAUUUACAAGCCGGAUAAACGUGGGGAGGGUUGGUUAAAGAUAAAGCCAGAAUACGUAGACGGUCUCAUGGAUGAACUGGACAUCCUAAUCGUUGGGGGUUAUUGGGGAAAGGGACUACGGGGUGGAAUGAUGUCCCAUUUUUUAUGCGCAGUUGCUGAAACUCCACCGCCAGGAGAAAAGCCCAAAGUCUUCCACUCGCUGUGCAGAAUUGGAUCGGGGUAUACAAUGAAGGAGUUGUACGACCUCGGCCUAAAGCUGGCGAAUCACUGGAAGCCGUAUCGCAAAAAAGAUCCUCCAAUUUCUAUUUUGUGUGCUUCUGAAAGACCAGAGGCAUACAUCGAACCGUGUCAUUCGGUGAUUGUCCAGGUCAAGGCUGCGGAAAUUGUUGACAGCGACAUGUACAAAACCGGAUGCACGCUUCGCUUUCCAAGAAUUGAAAAAAUACGCAACGACAAGGAGUGGUAUGAGUGUAUGACCGUGAAAGAUCUGGCCCAUUUUCACUCGAAAGCUUCCGGAAAGCUAGCCUCCCGACAUGUGAAACUGAAUGAGGAUGAGCCAGAUAAGAAGAAAAGGAAAGUUGCCAAAACGAAGAAGGUCAUCGAUGUCAUCGAUCACUUCAAAUCCCAAGACCUUUCAAAUAUCAGCAGAGUUUCCAAUAUAUUUGAGGACGUGGAGUUCUGUAUCAUGAGUGGCAACUCAGAACAUUCAAAGGCAGAGCUUGAAAAGGCCGUUGCCCAGUAUGGCGGUAUUGUGGUUCAGAACCCAGGGAAGGAUACAUACUGCAUCAUCGCUGGUAUCGAGAACAUGAGAGUCAAAAAUGUUAUCGCUUCAAAGGACUUUGACGUUGUCCAAGUCGAGUGGCUGUUAGAAUGCAUAAAUGCAGAAAAAUGUGUCCCGUGGCAGCCCUGUCACAUGAUUCACAUGUCCCCUUCCACCAAGCAGCACUUUGCUAAGGAAUAUGAUUGCUACGGUGAUAGCUAUCUUGUAGACACUGAUGAAGAUCAGCUGAAGGAGGUGUUUAAACGUAUAAAGAAGACUGAGGAGAAGAUGUCGUUGGAAGCCACAGCUGAUCUGGAGCAGAGGUACGGCUGGGUGGAUCGACCCAACAGCCUGUUUCGGCAGUGCAGAGUUUAUCUGGACCAGUAUGCUGAAAUUGGGAACCGAGGAAGUCAAAUUCACGGAUCCAGCUUGAAAAUAAGAGCUUUGGAACUCCGAUUUCAUGGUGCAGAAGUGCUGUCCGAGCUCUUGGAAGGAGUUUCACAUGUAAUCGUCAAAGAUGAAGCUCGCAUCCAGGAGCUGAAAGGCAUCAGGCGAGCGUUUGAAAAGAAGUUUAAGAUUGUUCUGGAAUCAUGGGUAACUGAGUCUAUCAAUGCAGGCUAUCUGAUGAAUGAGAAUGAUUACCUUGUAUAAAGAUCAUGAGCUGAGUGGUAAAUAUUUAUGAAGAUUUUAAAGAAUUUUUAUUAUUUUUAACAUAUAUAUUACUGCAAUUAAAUAUAUUUUAAAUAUAAUUGUUCAGAGCUAUAUCUGUCUUUGAAAAAUGGAUGCAUCCUAUGUACUUCAAUUAAUAUAGCGCUCUCCUUAAUGUUUGGUACAAACACAUUUUUCCUUCAUCUUUUAUUCUCAUAGCUAUUUGCAUUUUUUAUUCUGUUACUUAUAGGGAUGCUGCUUCUGUCUGAAUUUUCAAUUUGUGUGCCUUUAAAGGUAAUUAUUCUCCUUUGAGUCAAUCUCGGUUGUGUCUCCUCAUGAUAACACUAGUUUUUAGCGGUUGUGUCUUAGCUUACUUUCGUCUUUCUCUUUAACCACGUCUUCUGUUUUGCACUUUCCUGCUGCAAACAAAUUUCUCUUUGGGCUGGUCAAGUGUACCUAACCUGCAGUAUAUAUGGAAAGCGUUCUAGUCCAAAUUCAUACUUUUUCAGUUCAGCCUCAUUCUGAAAAUUAUUAUUUCGUAGUCGCUACAUUACAUGUUUAUGGCAAUAGAAGACAGCUAACAGUGCAGUGCCCUCCAGAAUGUUUGGGACAAAGACACGUUUUUCAUUUAUUCAUCACUCCUCUGCCGCAUCUCUCUAUACAGUGAGACCUUGAGAUACGAGUUUAAUUUGUUCGGUGAACGAGCUUGUAUGCUUAUAUCUCAAAUCAAUUUUCACCAUUGAAAUUAAUUGAAAUUAGAUUAAUUCAUGCCAGCCCCCAAAAAAAAC